AUGAUAACAUCCUUCCUCCGCCGGCUCAUCCCCGCACGAGUCGCAAACAACGGCUCCCAACAGCGCGACCACCAUGCCAACGAGCGUACAUUCCUCUCAUGGACACGCGCAGGCCUCGGCUUUGCAGCUGUGGGACUCGCGAUGGAUCGAAUCGCUGCCAUAGACCAUGUCAUGGCUGGUAGAUUUGGACUUGGACAGGCCGAGCCUCCGGCGCAGAUUCAGCAAUCUACCAAGGAGCAGCAGGAGCAAACCCUGGAACCCCGCUCAAACCCGAAGACGGCGCUUGGUGCUUUGUCAAAGCAUUUUACUACCUCGAGGAUUUGUCAAUUGAUAGGUGUUUGGUGUUUGGGUUAUGGAUUCUUUCGAUAUUGGUCUAUUCGACGGUAUUUGCUAAGGGGGGAGUUUGUCCCUGCGUUUUGGGGACCGGUGUUCAUGACGUGUGGAAGUUUGGGUGCGUCGGUGGCUUUGGGAUCGCAUGGUGAUCGGCCGGCGUUUUCAUGA